AUGGGUAAUAACUUUCCUGAACGACCACCACAUCCAUCUAGAUUAGAUCAAAUCGAUAUAAAAUCAUUAGAUCCACGAUUGGUUUUAGAUAAGUCCACUCAACGAUGGUUAUUCGAACAUAAUGAUAAAGAAUAUGAAUUUGAUUAUGCAAAAAAUGAAUGGAUAUCAAUUUUAAAAAGAUCCCAUGAUGAUAUUGAAAAAGAAGAAGAAGAUAAAGAUGAAGAUAAGAAUAGAGAAGAUAUAAAACGACAAAGAAAAGAAGAAAUGUCAAAGAUAAAAUCAGAAAUAAAUCAAUUGAAACAACAACAAUAUCAGAAAAAACGUAAAAAUCAUUCAAUUUAUAUAACUAAUCUUCCUUCAACUUUAACAAUACAAGAUAUAGAAAAAUCUUUUGGUACAUUUGGUAAAAUUCAAUUUGAUAAAGAAGGUAAACCAAAAAUUAAAAUGUAUCGUGAUGAAAAGGGGAAUUUUAAAGGUGAUGCAUUAGUCAUUUAUACCCUUCUGGAUAGUGCUUAUUUAGCUAUUGAAAUGAUGGAUAAUUCUUUGUUUAAUGGCCAAACUAUAAGAGUUGAGCAUGCUAGAUUUGAUGACAAACCAUUGGAUAAAAAGAAAUCAGAACAGAGUCAUUUUCCUGUUGUUAUUAUUGAGAAUAUGUUUAGAAAUGAAGAAUUGACAAGUGAUAAAUAUCUCAAAACUGAUAUAAUUGAAGAUAUCAAUGAAGAAUGUGUGAAAAUUGGAAUCCCCAAAGUAUUGGAUAUUCAAUUCGAAAGUGAAAAAGGAAAUGUAACGGUAAAGUUUGACACCCUCGAACAUGCCAAAAUAUGUAUUCAAAAAUUUAAUAAUCGAUAUUAUGACGGUCUACAACUAAAUGUCAAACUAAAAACAAACUAA